GACGCGUCACGAGGCCGCGGAGUCGCCGCCGCCGCCCGCGGAAGAUGGCGGUGGCGGGGAGAGGUGCGGUGUCCGCCGCAGUGAAGCCGAUCUUCAGCCGGGACCUGGGUGAGGCGAAGCGGCGCGUGCGGGAGCUGUACCGAGCAUGGUACCGCGAGGUGCCCAACACCGUACACCUGUACCAGCUGGACAUCACAGUGAAACAGGGGCGUAACAAGGUGCGGGAGAUGUUCAUGAAGAAUGCCCACGUUACAGAUCCACGGGUGAUAGACAUACUGGUUAUUAAGGGAAAAAUGGAACUUCAGGAAACCAUUAAUGUAUGGAAGCAGAGAACUCAUGUCAUGAGGUAUUUCCACGAGACUGAAACCCCACGACCUACAGACUUUCUGUCCAAGUUCUAUGCAGGCCACGAUCCCUGAAGGAUUCACUCUGUGUCUUCCUGCCUUGUAUUACAAAUAAAGUUCUAUAUAGUAGGAAAAAAAAUCUGUACAGACAGAUUGUAUAGCAAAGCGGGAGCCUAAUGACUAAGUCCGAAUCCAGACUGUGUGCAAGUUAUCAGCUGUGUGACGAGCUGUAAUUCCUAGUUCUGCCAAUGUGUAUUUUCAGUGGAUGGAGUUUGUCCCAUCACUUGCCUUGGAUAACCACAACACAACCUGACUGUGGGGCUUUCUGCUUAGCCUGCAGCCUCAGGCAUAGCUGUUAACGCUGUGGAAGAAAAGAAUGGGCCUUCAGAAAAGCCAGUGUGCUCACAGAAAUAUUCUUUUGCUUGAGGCCCAUCUGUAUUCGUGCAGUGUUUUGCAGUUUCAUGCUAACUGUUGACCAUGUGGUUUUCCCUGGGACAUUAGUCUGUUUACUUCCUCACAGAGAGGGGUCUAA